GUUCUGCGUUUGGUGGUUGUCGUAGGCUCUCCUCUCGACUUGCCGUAGUCAGUCGUUCACAAUGGCGGCCACCACAGAUGUCCACGUAAGAGUAUGUGAACAAGAAAUAAUCAAAUAUGAUUUGGAAAUUAAAGCGAUUAUUCAGGAUGUUGCUGAAUGCAAUGGCCCUCAGAGUACUCUAACCGAGCUCAACUACAAAGUGAAGGAGAAAUUCAGCUUCCUCCGCCAGCGGAUACAGGAUCUGGAACAAAUGGGCAAAGAACAGGACAGAGAUUCGGACAGGCACUCCAUGCUGAAGCAAGUUGAAGGACAUCGCAAGCAGAUGCUCAGUAAUCAGACAGCAUGGAGAAAGGCUAACCUGGCCAGCAAGAUGUCCAUUGACAGUCUGGAGAAGGAGGAGCUGCUCCAUGGUGGAGAUACCUCACUAAGACAGAGGAAAAUGACCAAAGAGAGUAUGGCCCAGACGUCCAGUGACAUCACCGAGAGCCUGAUGAGCAUCAGCCGCAUGAUGUCACAGCAGGUGAACCAGAGCGAGGAAACCAUAACCACUCUGGCCACGUCCUCCAGAACGGUGCUGGAGACCAACGAGGAGUUCAAGGCCAUGACCGGGACCAUUCAGCUGGGCCGCAAGCUCAUCACCAAGUACAACCGGCGCGAGCUCACCGACAAGCUGCUCAUCUUCCUGGCAAUCGCGCUCUUUCUGGCCACGGUGUUGUACAUUCUGAAAAAAAGACUCUUCCCUUUCCUGUGAGCAGUAUGCCUUUCCAAAAGACACUAAAACACACACGCGCAUACGCACACACACACACACACACACUCACAAGACAAAACAAAAGAACCUCUAAUCCGACUGAUUUUUAAACUGUAAUCAUGUGGACGCAACAACCGCACUUUACCGUUUAGUCCCUCUUCUCUCUCUGAUUUCCUUUUGAUGUGUUUUGACUGUGAUGCAUACUUCAGUGACCUGCUAACUACAACAAGCCCCGCGGAAUCCAUCAAGAACUGACCUCAUGUAACUCUGAAUCUCCUCCUCCGCCAUACUCCUGCACAGUCUUAUCUGCCGAUUAAGUAAUCAUACACCAGUAUUGUUUACUUUUUGCUCCCUCUUUUCUUUCACAUUUCAACAGCUUUUCUAUUCAUUCAAACUAUUAGUUAUCCUUAUCCUAGCAAAACGUUGUAAAUGUUGAAUAAUACAAAAGCAAGUAAGAUUGAUUAACAACAUAAAAACUAGCAAAAAAUUGCUAUUCAGCUGCAGUGACAUCAUACAGUGUUGUAAAAGCAGUCUUGUCUGUAUUUAAAUGCGGUUGGGACUACACAAAAACCGACUGAAGAUUCUUUUUUUUUUCAUGUUUAAUUACUUAUCUGGCUUAAAUUAUUAUGUUUGUCACUCUACUGGAUGUCAGUGUGGUGUAUCGAUUGUUUGUGCAUAGAUUUAGAAAUGAGUGUUGGGAUAAUGGCUACACCAAGUUUCUUUGCUCUCUGCAUUCAAGCUAUUGAAACCCUUAUGGUGACACAAGCACUGUGUACAGCUUCAGAGAAAAACCUAACGCCUCUGAACCUUAUCCUCAGAUGGGAAUCAUUUAAGGCUCUUCCUAGAAUUCUCUGGGGAUGAGCUAAAGGUUCCCAAAAGGUUGCCUACAGUCCAUUUAUUUUCUUUAGUGUGUAGGUGGACUUCUGGGUCAUAAACAUCCCAAACACCACCAUGGCAUUAUAACCCAGGACUGUGCCACGCCAGGUCAAGAGCAGGUCCUUGUCCAGCGUCGGCCUGUAUUCGAGACUGUAUUUGGCACAGCUGUGGGUUUCUUUAGUCGUUGAAAAGGAAAACUGGAGUCAAACUUAAGAUCAUUAUGGCAGCAGUUGUGCUUGACUUUUGCCUUGACUUGGCAGGAUGAAAUGGUGUAAUCAUGAGCGAGAAAAAAAAUCUCCGAAUGUGGCUGUCCAUUCACCAAAUAAAACCCCCAUCCUGUGUCUCA